AUGCUUUUCUUCAACGUGAUGAUGUUUGGGUUGGCGCCAUUUUCCCCAUCUUGGGCAUGGGACAUUAUGCCUUUGUUGGUCCUGUUAGCAAGCAGUUCAAUCAGCUCUACAAGCAGCUCUGUGAGACUGUGGAGAAUCCACCAAUGGUCAAGAAAUGCAAUCAUGCACGUCCAUUCAACACCCCAACUAGGGGUACGACCGCAGCAACCAGUACUGAUACUUUCUUUAGCGCCACCUUCUACACAGAGUCAACUGCCCAAGUCUGGUUGGACGAUACAUCUGGUUCCCAUCAAGCUGGUGUCACAAAUGAUUGUACGCUUGCCAGGUUUGGGAGUGCGUCUUUCCAUGAGUGGUUCAAACGAAAAUGGUACACAACGCGUGUUGGAUUCACCCGCUGUGCCCAUCACGACCUUGGCAUCCAGGCGGCUAGAAGCGGCAAUUUGA